AUGAGUGGUAUUAGAAGAAGAAGUGUAGCCAAGGGUAAUAAUACUGGUGUUACCGGUCCAGUGCAGGAUCAAUUAUUGGAAGAACAGAAACAAGAGAUAUAUGAAGCGUUUUCUCUGUUUGAUAUGAACAGCGAUGGGUAUUUAGAUUACCAUGAAUUGAAGGUUGCCAUGCGUGCUUUGGGGUUUGAUCUUCCCAAGAGAGAAAUCCUUGAACUGAUUGAUCAGUACGAUAGAGAUGGGCGUCGACAAAUGCAAUACGAUGAUUUUUACCUGAUCAUGGGUCAAAAGAUACUGAAUAGAGAUCCUCUGGAUGAGAUCAAGCGUGCGUUUAAGCUGUUUGACGACGAUGGCACCGGCAAGAUAAGUCUAAAGAAUCUAAGACGUGUGGCUAAAGAGCUAGGUGAAAACCUCACCGAUGAAGAAUUAAGGGCAAUGAUCGAUGAGUUUGAUCUUGACGGCGACGGAGAAAUUAAUGAACAAGAGUUCAUCGACAUCUGCACAGAGAACUAG